AAAAAUGUCUGUUGUCUUUACAGAUAUCCGUUUGAGCCUCCAAAAGUGAAGUUCCUGACCCCCAUAUACCACCCUAACAUUGACAGCGGGGGUAGGAUAUGUCUAGACACACUCAAGAUGCCUCCAAAGGGAGCCUGGAAGCCGUGUCUGAAUGUGUCCACUGUGUUGACCAGCGUCCAGCUGUUAAUGGCGGAGCCUAACCCCGAAGAUCCACUCAUGACAGAUAUAUCCAAUGAGUAUCAGUACAAUAGGGCAGCGUACAUCCAGACCGCCAAGGAUUGGACGAGAAAACACGCCAUGGAGGAUGUCAUACAGGGUAAAAAGUCCACAGACUUAAAACAGGAAGAUUCUUCUGAAGGACCAGAAAGUGUCAAGUCAGUAAGUGAGAAGAAUAAAGAUCUCAAGAGAAGCCAUUCCCCUCAACCAAUGGAAGACCUGACUAACAAACUCUCCAGACAGUGAUGAACUCUGAUUGGAUAAGUCUAAAAUUCACCCAAUGAUGGCCAAUCAGAUCAAAAGU